AUGUCGCAAUGGGUGGCGAUAAUCGAAGCGAAUAAGGAGAACAUACCGUAUCCUAUAGACUUCUCAGAUCAAAAACCUGCACUGUCCAGCAGCACCGUUUCACCUGAAAUCAGCACUGAUGUCACUACUGCACGGCAUUCGGUCCUGCCACCUUCGCCGCUGUCAGAAAAAUCCAGUCUGUCAGUUCAAAGCCGAGAAUCGAUAUCUGAUUCGUGCCACGUCUACAGUAUGACAGCGUGUACACGUCGAGAAUCCUGCGAUGAUGUGGAUAUCGAAAGCGAGGACGGUGAAGUGACAUCACGAAAAGAGAAAAGUCUCGGAUUACUCUGUCAACGUUUUCUUGUCGCUAUGAACGAAGAAACACGGACGUCAAUCAGUAGAGAAGUACACUUAGAGACGGUAGCUAGAAAAAUGAGUGAUAGCACAAAUAUUGUGCAUUAUUGCCGUGCUAAUAUAUUCAAGAAAAAACCAAAACGUUCAGAUGUGGAGAAACGUCGAAUCUAUGACAUUGUGAAUGUAAUGGAGGCGUUGGAUGCGAUGAGUAAAACAAACAAAUCCUACUACAAAUGGCACGGAUUGGAGGGACUGCCGAAACUUAUGGCCGACUUGCAGAAAGAAGCAAUUGAAGAGCAUCUACCGGAACGUGUACUCCGUGUUGAGCAGGCCAUGUGUUCCUUUACUGAACUCUCACCGGGAAGCCGAAAAUUAGGUGUUAAAGAGAUUGUUGGUGAGUGUAGACGAAGUCUAGUCGGCGAAGACGAAAAACCUUCAUCGUCAAGCCAUUCUCAAGAUGUCUCACAUUUGUCUCAAAAUACCGAGAAGCGCUCUCGAGUUGAUGUUCGAGAUCGACAGGGUCGAAAUUCUCUUGCACAACUUUGCAGGCGAUUCCUCAUGGUGUUGUUGAGUAAUCCAAAAAACACAAGGCGGGUUAGUUUGGACGUGGCCAGCACAGUUCUCAUAAAAGAUCCCGAAACGGAAGGAUUCGAGCCUCCAAGUCGAAGUCGUUGCCGUCGUCUUUACGAUAUCGCAAAUGUCCUGGUUGCUUUGGGUCUUAUCAAAAAAGUCCAUUAUCUCUUUGGCACGAAGAAGAUCCCGUUGUUUGUAUACUGCGGUCCUGAACCAGAUGGUGUGUUACGUUUUUUUUUCAAAAUCUUAAAAUCUGUUUAA